AUGGGCUCCGACUCGGUGGGCUCGCUGCUCGCCGAUAUUGCCAACCUCAUCGUCGACGGCCUGCGCAUCCUGGGUCUCGCGGACAAGCGCCACUGGGGCCCAGACGAGUACGAGCUACAGCGGGCCAUGGAGCGCGUCCUCAACGACGCCAAGGCCGACUUCCAAGAGCUCUCGCCCCUUCUCAAGAGCCAAUCCCACUACGAGCACGAUCGAACAUUCGCCUCGCUCGAGGAGCUUCGCGCCCUGCGCGGCAAGUUCUACAUGCACAUGCAAAACAUGCGCGAAUGGAGCCGGUCCGGCGGCCCCGUCGACGCCGUCUGGGUGCGCGACACCAAGGCCCUCCAGCGGCAGCUGCACCGCGCGCAGUGCCGCGCCGCCCAGCGCGUCUUCGGCAGCGCCAAGGAGACCUCGCGCCGCUGCCUCGGCGCCUUCAUCGUCCACCGCCGGCAGCGCGCCUGGCUCGACGCCCGCCGCGCCGGCGCCCCCGCCACCGACCACGACUGCCGCCGCCGACAGCUUGACGAGCUCGCCGAGUGUCGCGCCGUUGGCGGCUUCGAGCGCUUCGGCGACGCCGACAUCGCCUUCGUCUGCGACUUUUGCGACGGCCACCUGCUCUGGGACGACGUCGAGCGCGUGCCCACGACGCGCACCGGCCUCGGCGACGACGACGACACAUUACCGGACGCGGCAGGCGGAGGUGCGCUGCUGCCAACUGCCGCGACGCCCUUGCAGGACGCGCUGGGUGCGGCGCUCAGCGAGUGGCGCGCCACAGCCGUGAGCGUGUCGGGGGGGCGCGAGCGCAAGCAGGUCGUGUAUCCGCCGAUGGCGGUGGCGAGCCACAUGGCGCCGCUCCGGGGCGACUGGCAGGCACGCUUCCUGUGUCCGCUGUGCGAGGACGCGGCCGAGCCGCAGGACAUUGACGACGAGGACGAGAUGUGGCGGCCCGACAACCGCUUCGACGACCUGGCGGCGCUGCAGGAGCAUCUGGAGUGGGAGCAUGCGCCGCCGGCGCGGCCCUCGACGCUGCCGUUAUCCUUACCCUCGGCGGACAAGUGCGUCGUCAUGUAA